GUGAAACACUAAAACUUGCAUUCUUCAAUUUUUUCACUUGCUUUUUAUUAUUUCAUUACAGAUGGAAUUUGAAAAAGGAAGAACCUGCGCUAUGGAUAAAACAAACACCGAAAUCAAUAAAAAAUUGAAUCAAACGAAUUCCAUCGAGGAAUUUUACGCCUCCACUGUGAUCCUACUGACCGGAGCAACGGGUUUCGUGGGGAAAGCUCUUUUGGAAAAACUGAUGCGCGUGUGUCCACGCAUCGUCGCCAUUUUUAUACUUUUGCGUUCGAAAAAAAACCAGACAGUAGAACAGCGAUUUAAACAGCUUACAGAUGAUCCCGUUUUCGAAUUCAUCAAAGCAAAGCACGGCUCUUCAAUUUUUAAUAAACUUCAUCCUGUACAGGGUGACGCGAAUUUGCCAGAUUUAGGUCUUUCUUUAGAAGACAGAAUUAUGUUGACAGAAAAAGUGAACAUAGUAUUCCAUGUGGCAGCCACUGUAUCUUUUAACCAAUCGUUGGCUGAUGCUGUUAAUACAAAUGCGAAAGGUACCAGUCGAGUCAUCGACCUGUGCAAGGAAUUAAAGAAUAUAAUCUGCUUCAUCCACGUCAGCACAGCUUAUAGUAAUGCUCAUUUACCAGAAAUCGAAGAAAAAGUUUACACCACAAGUUGGAAACCUUCUACGGUAAUCGACAUUUUGGAUAAACAAGAUAAAAACUCAAUCGCACUAUUAGAAGAAUCAAUCUUGAAAAUUCAUCCAAACACGUAUACAUUCACGAAGAAUUUAGCAGAGCAGAUUGUGUUCAAUGAUUGUAAAAGUUUUCCAACAGCAAUAGUACGACCAAGUAUAAUUGGUGCCUCUUUGGAAGAACCGUGUCCUGGUUGGGUGGAUAAUAUUCAGGGAGUUACAGAUUUGGGUCUACAAAUUGCUAAAGGUAAUGUAAACGUGAUAAUUGCUAAAAAAGACGCAAGAUUGGAUUUAAUACCUGUAGAUUACGUCGCCGACACGAUAUUGUGUGCCGCGUGGCAUAUUGCCAUACAUCGAGAUAGUGAAGUUAAAGUGUAUAACUGUACGAGUAACGCAGAUCCUAUUAGCUGGGAUCACCUGAAUAAUAUUUUCCUGGAAUGUAGCGUAGAAACGCCGUGUAACGAUAUAACAUGGUAUCCGUAUUGCAAACUAGUAGAGAGCAAAUUUGUUUACAGUAUUUUGAAUAUAUUUUUGCAUGUUUUGCCUGCACUUGUUAUGGAUAUUGUUUUAAAACUUCGGGGCAAGAAACCAGUAAUGAUGAAAAUUAACAAACGUUUCAAUCAGUUGCUUACAUUUUUAAUAUUCUUCCAUACGCACGAAUGGACUUUUCAUAGAGAUAAUGUUUAUAAGAUGGCAGAGGAUAUAAAGGUGUUGAAAGACAGCAAUAAAAUGAAAUUGGAUGUACGAAAUAUUAAUUUAAAAGAGUAUAUUACAAAUUACCAAGCGGGAGUUGUAAAAUACAUUUUGAAGGAAAAACCUGAUCCUAUAAAGGCAGCACGACGGUUAUCACUAUUCUAUUGGAUACAUGAGAUAACUCGAAUAUCCGGUAUAGUCGUUCUUUUAGCUAUAAUAUCAUAUAUUAUAUAUUGACUAUUUAAGCGAUAUUUUUUCUAUUUAAAU